CGCGAGCCGACUCCGCGGCCUGGUCUAUCGAAUUUUUCCAAAGCAGAGCAAUUUUUCCGAAAAGGAAAAUUCGCUGAGAGGGGGACCGAAUCCGCGGUGCAUAUCACUGAAAUCCAGUGCCAAAUAUUUUACGGUUUUUUUCUAAUUAGAUUAGCCGAAACGCCGACUUAUAGCGUGCCACAUUUUCGAGUAGUUUUUUUUCUAGCGUAGUUCGUACUGAGUGUUGGGUGAUAAUGGGUGCUAAAGGUAGUGUGGAAGCGGCCAAGAACAACGCACAAAAUUGGGGGAUGCUCGAGCAGCACAAACACGGCAAACCCGGUCACCAUCACCACCAGCGAUCCCAGUCACUGAAUCGCGGCGUCAGGGGGGCGAGCGGCGCAGGCGGCAGCCAGUGGGGCUCGACGAGGGGGGCCACGGGCGAAUUCGGCGACAUGUGGUGACAAAGGGGGGCGCCUCAGUGCCAGUGCCCGGCAGCAUCCAUGGGCAACAAGCUCAGCUGUUCGUGUGCCCCCAUUUUGAGGAAGGCGUAUCGAUACGAGGACUCGCCGUGGCAGACGUCGCGACGUCGCGACGGUCAUUUGCUCAGAUUAUGGGCAGAAGUUUUCCACGUCGCGGCCGGCAGCGGCCAGGCGAAAUGGCAGCAGGUCAGCGAGGAUUUGGUGCCGGUCAACAUCACCUGCAUCCAAGAUUCCCCGGAAUGCGUUUUCCACAUUACCGCUUACAAUUCGCAAGUUGAUAAAAUCCUUGAUGUCCGGCUGGUGCAACCAGGUACACGUAUAGGACAAGCCUCCGACUGUUUUGUUUAUUGGAAAGAUCCCAUGACGAAUGACACUUGGGGAUUGAACUUUACCUCACCUAUCGACGCCAAACAAUUUAGGGAAUGUUGUUCGCCGUCGUUCAAAUUCAGCCGCAAGGCGUCGUCGUCGUACAGCCUGAAGCUGGAGCCGCCCAACAAGCAGAAAUUGAAGACGGCCGGCGGCAAGCGAAAACCGCUCAGCACGCCGGCGUCGCCGAGCCGGCCGCCGGCGUCCGGCCGGGAGCCGCAGUGCACGUGCAUGACAUCCGAGCAGUACGCCAGGCUGAAGGCGCAAGAUCCCAGAUACAGAGGGUCUUCCACUCUUCCCAGAGCUACAACGAGAGCGACAGAUACCGAAGUGAGGAUAGAAAAAGUGACCGCCGCAACAUCUUCCACUAGUCUCUACGACAACGUUGGUGCUACGCAGACUGGAUCUAAUCAAGGUACAAAAGGGGCACAAAGAGAAGGAAGCCAAACGAGACAAAUGCGAGAUAGAGGAGUACAACCUCAAUUAGAUAAUAGUACAAUGACUGGUACGAAUUCAGCUACUGGACCAAAGACUGUGACUGCCUCAGUGGGCACCGAAAAUUCCGUUGGAUCUCAAAUAAGCCAGACUGAAUCGCAAGCCCAAACUCACCAAUCGGAAUCGUCGAAAUCCGAAGGAACGCAAGCCGGCGGCUCGCUGGGCCCCAGUACUAAGUCGUCGUCGACAUCGACUCGACCGCCCCUUCGGGACAACAUUCACCACGUGCUCACCAAUACGAAAUCGGUGGAUUACUCCGACAUAGAAAUGGUCAGGGAGGCCGAGCUGCGCGCCGCUCAUCAUCAUAAUGUAGUCAAUAAUAAUAUUAACAGUAGAAGAAACAAAUCAAAAAGCACUGAGGAUAUGCAUAGGGAAAACGGAAUGAGCUUAGAUAGUAACACGUUGAAACGAAUGCUCAAGCCAAUGCCUAGCACGGAAAGUCCCGUCACAUCGCCGGAAAUGGGCAGGAAGCGGUACAAUUAUUACAACACCCAUCACCAUUUAAGACAUUCCAACAACAACGGUAGAUACUCGGAACCCGAAACUGGACACCCGCAUCCCCGAUCUGCCAUGGCUCAAAACUCCAGAUUUUCCGGAUCAAGGGGUUCGUUUAGAUCAUCCCACGAACUGGGCAGGGGCUACCCCGGCAGAGGGCUGUAUUUAGAAUUAGAAAGAGGCGCCGGCGGAGAUUUCUCGCCGCCAUCCGACAACGUUAUAUUCGAUAAUCAAUGCUACGCGACGACUCCGAGCUCGAGCAACGGGAAUUCCGAUCCCGAACAGACGUCGCAUCACUACGGAAGACAUCGACAUAUGCACCAACAGAACGCCAAUAACACCCCGACGCCGGGCUCUCCCACUAGUAGGCUGCUUUUAGAGUACGAAAUGCACCUGAGAAAUACAUUAGCCAAAGGAAUGGACGCCGAAAGUUACAGCUUACACACGUUCGAAGCUUUGCUAACACAAAGCAUGGAGAACCUCGAAUUCGCAGAAAGUUUACCCGGAUCUAACCAAAGAAGUCCCUAUCCUUCCAGAAAGAGACCAUCAUCUAGUGCUUCCAUGAAUAAAUCCUCCACUCUACCGCUAUCUCACCGAUUGAACGCCGCAAAUAGAGAUCGAAUCGAUAGAGACAGAGACGGCUAUUACAGUGAUCGAAACGAGCUGUUGCGAGAACGCGAGAAAGAAAGGGAGAGAGAACGCGGUUACUUGAGCGAUCACAAUUCAAGCUUUAACUCCAAGUGCGCAUCGUGCAUUGGAGAGUCCAGUAGAGCCCAAUGGUUCAGGCAUUCAGACGGCUGGAGGUCUGGCAGUUCAACGUUCAGUUCCAUGCAAGGCGUGCCGCAAGGGCACAAACGAUCCCCCUGGGAUUCCCUGCCAUCCCUAAGGCAAGACAGCAGCAUGAACGACAGCGGAUACAAGAGCGCCAGGACUGAUAGUUUCGAACAGAGGGGUAUGUUCGACAGGCAAGAUAGCCUAAGAUCCGACUACAUGAGCGAUAGGGAAUCGUCUAGAUAUGGAAUAGUUCAGCAAGCGUCCGUGGAGAGUGCAGAUUCGAGACUGUGUUACCUGACGUCUUCUGAGAUAUCAGACGAUGACCGCAUGUCCCUGACGACUGCAGUCUCCGAUGAAGAUGACGGCGAGAGCGUUAUGAACUCGCCCUACAAAGCUAAGCAAACUGGCACUGCUGCGGCGUCGUUCAACUGCACAGGCGCAGUGAGAAAAGCUGGAUUCCUCAGCGUCAAAAAAUGGUUGCUGCGCAAGAAGCAUCAGAUAGAGCUGGCGCGCAAACGGGGCUGGAAGGGCUACUGGGUGUGCCUGAAGGGCACCACGCUGCUCUUCUACCCCUGCGAUUCGAGAGAAGGGCGAUCGGUGGAAGCGGCCCCGAAGCACCUCAUCAUCGUCGACGGUGCCAUCAUGCAGCCCAUUCCGGAGCAUCCGAAGAGAGACUACAUAUUCUGUUUGAGCACCGCUUUCGGUGAUGCAUACUUGUUCCAGGCGCCUUGCCAGGUGGAACUGGAGAAUUGGGUAAACAGCAUACACAGUGCUUGCGCCGCAGCUUUCGCCAGACACCGCGGUAAAACUGGAACUCUGCAUCUGCUGCAAGAGGAGAUCUUUCGCUUGGAGAAGGCAAUCGAAACGGAUCACAAAUUGAAACAUAUGGCUGAGAUGCAACAAUCAGUUGUAGGUGACACUGAUGCGCGUCAACAGAUCGCUAACCAAGUGGUUCAAUGGGAGGAAAAUUUGGAGAGACUCCAUUGCGAACAGUUCAGGCUGCGUUGUUACAUGGCUAGCCUACAAAGCGGAGAAUUGCCCAAUCCUAAAUCUCUGCUGACUCACGUGUCCAGGGCGACGAAAAACACGUUGAACAAGCUGGGCGUGUUCACGGUGUCUUCGUUCCACGCGUUCAUCUGCGCCAGGAGCCCGUCGCUGCUGAAUAAUUUACUGGCCGGAAGGGGAGCGACGAAGAGAAGGCCUCCGAUGUUGUCCAGAUCGAACAGCGGCUCCAGCAGGAGGUCCUUGCAAAUGAAUUCCCGCGACGAGGCGGAGAAGACGGUGAAAGUGUCGCUGCCGGACAACGCGUUCGCCACCGUGUACGUCAGGGAAUCCAUGUCGGUGGAGGAGUUCCUUGCCAGCGCUUGCGCCAGGAAGAAUCUCAACUCGACCGAGCACUUCAUUCGCGUGAAGAAGAGGAAAGAUCUGGAGGACCACAAUUACUACGUGCCGCAUCGCAGCGAUUUGAUCGAAACAUACUUGCAUACGCACGAAGUCGUCGAAGUUUGCGCCAAGAUACUCUACCAAGUGGAAUUAUCGAGGAACACUUUGGAACAAAUGUGGGGAUUCAGCGUGGAAGCGGAACUGGUGGAGAACGCCGAUCGGCAGGACGAAUUGUGUUGCUACGUGAGCCGAGUCGAAGACAAAAGCGUCGCCAUGCAGAACGGAAUCAUCAAAAGCGACGAAAUAAUGGUAAUCAACGGCGCCAUCGUCUCCGAUUUGGACAUGAUGUACCUGGAGAGCGUCCUGCAGGAGGAACUCGCGCUCUGCAUGAUGAUGCGCUCUGCUCGAACAGAACCACCGGACCUAGCAGGCAUACUCAGAGCCACCGAUGAUAUCAUUGAGAGCCUGGUGUGCCCGCCGCCUCCCUCGGAACCGCCCGUCAUCAGCGAGGAAAUGAUAUCCGGCCUCAUCGUGCCAGCACCAGGUUGGAGUAAAGAUCGUUACUCCACGGACUCGGAGAACCCUCCCUCGUCGAUGACGGAUUCGGGUAUAAAAGUGAGUUCGAGGACCAAUUCGUUCGAGAUCGAGAACCUGCUGAAAUCCGCCGAGCAGGUGACGGGCUUCUGCCGGUCGCCGGUGGAGUCGAGGAAGGUGAGCAGCCCGACGGGCAGCAUCGCCAGCAACGCCUCGCAGGUGGGGCUGGUGGCCUCCAGGCAGCUGUCGGACGCGGAGAAACUGAGGAAAGUCGUGCUGGAGCUGGUGGAUACCGAAAAGGCCUACGUUAAGCAUUUAAAUAAUCUGUUAGAGAAUUACUUAGAGCCUUUGAAAAAGGAGACAUUCCUCUCGAACGCGGAAAUUAACGCUCUCUUCGGCAACAUCCAGGAGAUCGUCACUUUCCAGAGGCAAUUUUUGAAUAACCUAGAAGAAGCGAUUGAAAUAGAACCCGAUUUUCAUAGAUUCGAAUACAGUAGCCAGUUUAAGAAUGUUUUAUUCGCAAUAGGAAGUUCCUUUUUGUAUUACGUGAAUCACUUUAAGCUAUACAGUUCAUUUUGUGCCAGUCAUAGUAAAGCUCAAAAAGUUUUACAUCCCAAUGAAGGCAAUCAAGCACUUCAGGAGUUCUUAGCAGCCAGAAAUCCCAAGCAACAGCAUUCUUCCACGCUCGAAUCUUACCUCAUCAAACCCAUACAGAGAAUUUUGAAAUAUCCGCUCUUGCUUCAACAGCUCAGAAAUUUAACCGAUCCCGUCAGCGACGAACACCAACACUUAUUAGAGGCCUUAAAAGGAAUGGAGAAAGUAGCCGAGCACAUUAAUGAGAUGCAAAGAAUCCACGAGGAAUACGGAGCGAUAUUCGAUCACCUCUUCAGGCAGCAUCAGAAAUCGUGCAAACAGCCGAUAGAUUUAAGUCCUGGUGAUCUCCUUUAUUACGGAGGCGUGGAGUGGUUGAACAUUUCCGACUUUUUGGGGAAAAUUAAAAAAGGGCUCGAAUUGCACGCCAUGUGUUUCGUAUUCAAGACAGCCGUCGUUUUUCUAUGCAAAGAACGUCUAAGGCAAAAGAAGAAACUUAUGGGAGUAGCAAGCAAAAACGCUUCCUCAGAGGUGGAAAUAAUCAGAUAUCAAGUCCUGAUACCGGUGACGGAAGUCCAGGUGCGGGCCUCCUCUUCCAAAGACAUGGAUUCCCACUUCCUGUGGGAGCUGAUCCAUCUGCGCAGCCAAUUGCAAAGAAGAUCCGAGAAGGUUUACGUUCUGUCUAACAGAAAUUCUGUUCGCAGCACGGCUGAUUUCCGCAACGCCUUCCUGAAGACGAUCCGGCAGAUCAUCCGGGAAUCCGUCAGGAACAUGUCCAUACCGCAGACGAAGCCCGGCUCCGGGCCCGGCAUCAUCCUGGUGACCGGCCACAAGACCAGCAGCCACCUGAACAGCCAGACGCUCGAGCGGCCCGACAGGCAGAAGACGUCGGUCAUCGUGCACGGCGGCUCCCACACGAUGGGCAAGGUGAAAAAGACCGGCAAGACGUCCCAAAGGCAUUCGGCCGGUAAUAUCGAUUACGACAACAUCAGCACCGAAGCGGACGAGCCUACCAUGACAACAUUCCGAUCCAGGAGCAAAACCGUAGGAGACCAAGCAGAUCCGCCGAAGAGAACAGAACAUCACCAACACGAACGAAUGGAGUACAGCGCAAAAUCUGAAGGAGAAGAAGAUUCCCAAGCGACCAACGUGAAACCGAAGUCCGUUUUAGGGAAAACGCCUAACCAUUUAACACUCAGUACAACGUCGACGCUAUCGGCGGGCAGCACGGGCAGCCAGGCGCGGCUGAUACAAUCAUCGCACGCGCCCGAACACUUCCACCCCAUGCAGACCGAAGAGCUAGGUAAGCCAAACGUAAAAACGGUGCACGCCGAAGUCCACAUAGUCAAAUCCCGAUCGCCUCAAAGGCAAACCAGCGACGCGAAAAAGAAAGACCCGAGUCCGAACCAAUCGCGCAAAACCACCCCGAACCAUUCCAGAAAGUCGUCGCCGAACCAGUCGCGCAGGACCAGCCCGAACAAGAAGCGAUCGGACAGCGUGAGCCCGAAGGGCUCGAAGAAGGGCAGCCCGCGCACGCCGAGGAAGUCGCGCGAGAGCAGCCCGAAGGUCGAGCGGAAGAUCAAAUCGUCGCUGAAGAAUCCGACCAAGUCGCUCAGCAUCGAGACGCCGACGUGCGUCGAGUGCUAUCUGUCCGGGAAAUCGGAGAAGCCCGGAUAGCAUACGCACUGCGGCGGCGCUCCCCGGCGGAGCGACAGUUUCGUUUUGACGCGAUUCAAAAGUGACAGUAGCGAAGAGAUUAAGUGUUAGACGAUGUUCGCGAUUAGAUAGCCCCCGAUAUUUUUGUUUCGUAUCGUUUUGUUAUGCGUUAAUUUCCGUAGCGACCCUGCUUUGCAGUAGAAUUCGCGACCACUUUCUGGACUUCCCAUUUUACAAAACCGACGGCCGGAAAAUCCUCGUGGAAGCGACAUUUGUAAUUUGUUCAAAACGAAAGAAGGUGGUCGGUAUAGUAGAGCUUAAUGUCUAUUGGACUUCGAACGACCCUAUUUUAUUUGACCCUUAAUCAGAUGUAGGUACUUUGCUUUGAAACCAAUUUGAUUAUUGAAGGUUGGGUUGUGCAUAUUUGUUUUCUUGCAAAUUGGAAUUCAUUCAUUAGUGCUGUAUCCCUUGCUCGUAUGAGUACACAAAAAUCUACUAAACUUAACUAUACUCUUUAACAUCUAUUUCAUGCAUUUCACUAGUAAAUUUGUUCUAAAAUCGAUGACUUAAAUGAGAUUAAUAUAAAGGCCGAAGACCUGUCGAGGGAACUAAAUGAUGGAAGAAUAAGUAGAAGAAAGUCAAGAUAAAAUAAAGUGUCACUAAGGAAUGAUGAGACAUUCAAAGAAGAGCUGGAAGAGCAUCUUUAAGUGAUGAUGUAUCAGCCUGUGCGUACGUGGUGCAAAUAACAGUGCUCUUUCCUAGUGGUUAAACCAUCAUCAUUAAAUAGAGUAGUACUCAUCAUUCAUUUGCAAGGGUACUUAAACUUCACUAGAUCCACGCUCCGAAUAAACAUACCUUCAUUUUCCAUUAUUCAAAUUGCAUCUAAAACGUAGCUCUGCAGUCAAAAUUUCUCCAGAAAAAGCAAAGUACCACAUUUGCCUCUCUAACCGCUAGAAUUGAUCCAGUUUGUUUUGUAGGGUCGCCCGUGUGGAAGCCAAGAGACAGUAGUAUAGAGGCGACCUCUACCACUCUCCCGCGCAAGGCCAGAGAUCACAAUAUGACGACUCUAAGUGCAUCGCGUAAGUCAUUGAUAGAAACGAGCGCUAAUUUGGAGAUACACAACGCGUACAACCAGCAAUAAAGGCUAACGUUCGCUAAAGGCCUGUUUUGAUUUUUUUGAUUUUGUCUGUCGCAGCAAAAAAACCAAUCGGACUUUGUCGAGGGGCGCACGGUGUAUGAAGGGUCAGGUGCUGCAAAGGCAGUAUUGGGAUUGAGGGUGCUUUUGCUAACGAUUUGUUUGGCUCUUCUACUCUUACUAUUAGUUUAUUUUAUUGAUUCACUAUGUGUGGAUGGUGUGAAAUAUUUAAUAAUACGUAUGUAGUUGAUGAUUUUACUGCAUUUUGAAGGAAACUUUAAUUGGUGGUGUUGCGAGAACUCUUAAUGUUGAACGGUAGAAAUUAACCAAUGCAUGGAAUUUAAUACGUUAAUUCAAAAAUUAUCUGGUAGCGUAAUCGUUAAUAAUCUAUUUACUGUAUUUUGCCUAUAUAUUUUAUUUUAGGCGGUUCGUUAGUUUGGUACCCGAAACUCCCAAUAUGUGUAUCUGUAAAAAAUCCCUAAUGCUUAAACCGAAACGUGGACUGUUAAAAGUAAGAAAAAAACGAAUUGUUAAAUAUGUACACGGUUAACUAAUUGUUAAAUAUUUGUGACUCUACCGACUGAAAUUUGACCGAACAUUCUUAGCCUUUGUUUCCCAUAACAACCUUAGUUGCACAGGUAGGAGAGACGGAGUUAUAGUUUCCAAACAAACACGUUCAUAAAGUGCUUUAUAAAGAAUCCGCUUAAUUAAAUAUAGGCAUGAAUUUUUUCUAAUAACGAAAUUCAAAUUAAAAAAAAAUACAAGAAGAUGUUCUACAUAUACGAGUAUAUUCCCUUAAGUGCACUUUGUGUGUCAAGAGCGAGAGUUAAAUGCGAAAGAAGCAUUGCGUAGGAUCCACCUUUGCAACUAAACGUCGAUUUUUAUAUGUAAUUGUAAGGGUUUGAAACAAAAAUUUUUUGUCUCCUAGAAAUAACAGUUUUCAACUCGAGUUGUUGAACCAAGAGUAAACACAGUAAAAUACAGGGCAUUUAGAUAUAUGCAAAAAACUGUAGGAUAAUUUUUAUUGCGUACUUAGGAACAAUUUUGUUAAAAAGUGAUAAAAAGUUUAUUAAAGACGAUGCUUCAAGGGGAAUCAGUUUGUUACAUUAAAUGUUUUAUCAGAAACUUUAAAAUUGAUUGUUUACUUGGAGAAUUCAAUUGAAUUAGAUAAUGCGCUAUUAUUACUAUAACACAAAACUUCAAUUACUAUAAUUUUUAUGAAUCGUUAUCAUAUCACUCAUUUAUUCUUCUCUUGAAGCGAAAAAAUAUUUUUAUUUUAUAUCUCAACUGCAUAUUCCUAAUACAAAUAACGAUUUGUUGAUAUUUGCAAAUAAUUUAUUUACCAUUCAAAAUGGUUUGACUUUUACAAAAACCCUAUUGUAAUUGAUGCAAUCAAGUAGAUAAAGAAAUUUCUACAGGAGGAAUAAAAUAGCACUUGCUUAAAAUUGAUCUUCUUGCCCAAUUUAUUAUAUCAAAUUUUAUUUGCUAGUCUCAUUUUUAUUUCUGAGCUUUUUAUAGCUCAUAAAAAUUUGGUGAAAUAUUUAGAAAAUCGAUUUUAGUUGUCACGGAUUUAUUUCUCUUGUAGACGUUAUUGUCAUCAUUAUUAUUGAAUAUAUAAAAUUUAGUAAUAGUUGAUCCGUAUGUAGUUUUAAAGAAAUAGAUAAUGUAUUAAAAAGAUACAUCAUAGUUUAAUAUAAAUAACUAUGUCAUAGAAACUGUAAUUGAUAUUGGUAAAAUAUGUUAAUUCUCACGAAAUUGUGCUUCAUAUUCGUAGUGGAACAAAAACUUUAGCUUAUUAUUCGUAAAAAUUUAGUGCACCACAAAAUUGUAACGUACAUUAAUAUCGAUGUAAUGAAAAUGUUCAUGUUUUUGGGCAAAUUCGUGUUUUUGAAUCUUGUUAAUUGGGAAUGCGGUCGUUAAAUUUGCUCAAAUUUCGCCCACAUAAAACAACAAAUAUCUUUUUUAAAUUUUGAAAAUGCGUAUUUAUUUGAUUAACAUAUUUUAUCCAUUCACCUAGGUAUUUUACAACAAAAUGAAUAUCCGAAUAAAAUGUCAAAAUUUUCUCUCGACAAAAAAAAGCAAAGGAUAUUACAUCGCACAAUUCAGUUUUAAAAAUCCGACACGAUUUAUUUUUAACUUGGCGUAAUUCUAUUUAAUAAGGCCAGGUUGCUCAAUAUAUCCUAGUUGUUCAAAAUGUACAGCGAGUCCCCGAAUUUU